UCUCCCGGUUGCCGGAUCUGCAGCAGCUGCCGCCAAGUGUCGCCUGGCCGGCGCGGAUCAUCGCGGAUCCCCCUGGAGCCCCUGGAGCCCCGAGAGCAGCUGGGAGACGCAUCGGCCGGGACGUUUCCUGCUGUGUGGAUGGAAGCGGACGGGUUCGUGUCCCGGCGGCCGGGCCUGGAGCCCCCCGGCGUGGACGGGCGGGUGCCGGGGCUGCAGCUGGGCGGCCGGCUGCGGGUCGGCUCCUUCCCCGCCGGCAUGGCGGCGGAGCCGGCGCUCGGCUCGGCGCUGCUCCGGCCCGGUCCCCCCGAGACCUCCGCGGAGCCGGACGUGGACUACGAGGGUCUGCCGCGGGGAGCGUCCACCCGCACCACCAUGCUGGCCGGGGCCGUGGCCGGGGUCAUGGAGCACUGCCUCAUGUACCCGGUGGACUGCGUCAAGACCCGCAUGCAGAGCCUGCACCCUCAGCCCGGAGCGCGCUACACCAGCGUGAUGGACGCCCUGCGGCAGAUCGUACGGACCGAGGGGCUGUGGCGGCCGAUCCGGGGCGUGAACGUGCUGGCGGUGGGCGCAGGGCCCGCUCACGCACUUUACUUCGCCUGCUAUGAGAAAAUCAAGUUCUCACUCAGCGACGCUGUUCAUCCUGGCACCAACAGCCACUUUGCAAACGGAGUGGCGGGCUGCAUGGCCACGGUGCUGCACGAUGCCAUCAUGAACCCAGCUGAAGUUGUAAAACAACGAAUGCAGAUGUUCAACUCUCCUUACCGCGGCGUGGUGGACUGUAUGGGCUGUCUGCUGCGGCGGGAGGGCCCGGCUGCGUUCUACCGCAGCUACACCACCCAGCUCACCAUGAACGUGCCCUUCCAGGCGCUGCACUUCAUGACCUACGAGUACCUGCAGGAGCUGCUCAACCCCCACAGACAGUACAACCCGUCCUCCCACGUGGUGUCGGGCGCGCUGGCCGGGGCCCUGGCGGCCGCCGCCACCACGCCCCUGGACGUGUGCAAGACCCUGCUCAACACGCAGGAGGCCCGGGCCGUCCACGUGGUGCAGGCGGAGGCCACGGCCGCGGGCGGGGCGGUGGGCGCCGCCGGCCCCGCCACCCGCCACAUCUCCGGCCUGGGCGAGGCCUUCCGGACCGUGUACAGGAUGGGGGGCGUGCCCGCCUUCUUCAAGGGCGUGCAGGCCCGGGUCAUCUACCAGACGCCCUCCACCGCCAUCAGCUGGUCCGUGUACGAGUUCUUCAAGUACAUCAUCACCAAGCGCCAGCACGAGAGGCGGCUGCACGGAGAGAAAUAACGAGGAAGGAGGUGCCGGCGUGUAUCAAUGCAGACCAAUCAUGUCCACGUUGACCUGUAAAACAUCUGAAAGUUUACAAGAUAGUUUUCAGUUCUCGGUGCAAAAAGUUCAACUUCCUGGUUUACGGAUAUCAACCACGGCAGAGUGCAGUAGAGACAGCUAGGCCGGUGUUGGUGUGGUGUUCAGCUUACCGGCUUAUAAAGACAUGGGCUCACAGGGAUGUUAGAGUGGAAUUUAUUCCUGUGAAUAAGAAACACGCCCUUCUCUGCAGGGAAAUCCACUGCAGUAAGAAAACGGAUGUUUCUGCUUUAAACUCCCUUUUUUCAGUCCGGCACAUGCAUCCAACAAAAACUGACUCAGAGGUUAAAGUGCUGACUUUGAGCUUCAGUUUUAGGGCGUUUUAAAGGCUUAAAGUGUGAAUGUAAACACCAUAAAACUAAAGCUUAAAGUAGGAAUGAAGUUUUUAUAUUCAUUAAAUUUGAAGAGCGCAGCUCGAGCAUUUGCGGUUGGCAAAAGCUGAAAAGGUUGAACGCCCAUAAAGCUCAGACUCACUGUGUGUUCAAGGCAAAACAAGAAUCCUCAUCCUGCAAGACUUUAAGUGCACGGUAAACUGUCUGCAGACCUCCGCUCCAGGUACAGUGGUGGCGUUUCCACCUUCUGACCACAGGGGGGCGCUGUUUAACCACUCAGCUGAGCAAUAACAUGAGUGUAACAUGGCCAUCAAACCUCCACACGAUGUUCAGCUGCGUCACCGUUAGACCUGGGCCUCUGUUCUGGACCUGUGUUGCUUGUGCGAUGAGGAACGGCGCUGUUUUCCACACUUUUCCCCCAGCGAUGUCUGGGACUGAUCUGAGCUGUUUGCUGCUCUCUGAUUAGGAAACGGGAGCAGCAGCAGCUCAUCCAGUCUUGUUUUGCUCUGACAAACGGUGAUCUGAAAGGGAGCAUUCAAACACUUCUGCAGAUUGUUAGGAUGUGUGCUGUUUGAUUCCUUCCUCUCAGUAAGGAAGAGAAGAAGCAAGCUGAAAUGAGCAUAGGAACUUCCUGAAUUUAUUCAAAUUCUUGUAACGCUAGUGGCUCUGCGGCUCUGGGCUCUGAGUUCUUCUUCACAUGUGCAGCACUUUAGCAGAACAGGUAUUAUUGGAUGAAGAGUUCAAAUGGUUUCACUUACAUUAAGUCCUUUUCAAGUAGGAGUUGUGUAAAGGACAACAGGCUUCUGCUUGGACAGUUUCUUGAUAGUUUUGUCACAUUCUUGCUUGUUUUUCUGCACACACGUACGUGGCUUAAAAUCAGCCAUGGCGGAUUAAUUUCUUACCCAGAGUCACAUUUGGACGUUUAACUUGAAUUUCUGUUGUCGGCAUCUAUCACAUGGUUCAUUUUGACUUGAAACGAGCAGCUCAGAUUAAACGCUAACGGAGACGCAGAGAGCUUAUUUUGGAAAACACAAAGGCAAGAGGAAGAGCGUUGGCCUCUUUUAUUUUCUUCAGUAUUUUUGUAGAAACUGCAUCGUAGCACUUAAAGAUGCGUGUUAAUCCGCUUUAGGACAGAUACUCUAUAAAUAGUACAGAGGAUGAGGUUACUCCCAAGAGACACGUUUCCCGUCAGCCGCCACAGAACCAACGCACAACUACGACGGAGAGAUCCUCACACAUGAACUAUUAUGUUUUGAAGCCAUAAAAAGGAGAUAGUUUGUACAUAAUAUAUCUAGUUAUGGGCGAAUAUUGAUACACGUUAAAUCUAACCAGCUGAGUUUUGAGUUGAACUUGUAUGCUGAAUGAUCAAUACACAUUUGUACAAGUUUUAUCGAAGCUAUGCUGUAAAUAUGCAGAUGUUUGCACCUUGAAGGUAGCAAUACAAAAAAGCUGGGUUAUUUCAAAGUUACAAUAACUUUAACGUGCGUGGAAAGUAAAAGUGUUCUUUGAGGGAUGCCGAGGUUCAAAACUGGGAUACCAAAGACUGAGCACUAUAUAAAGAAAGGAAAUAUGAGAGAAAUGUGUAGUUUGUCAGACGACAACACUAACAUGAAAUGCUUGAACAGUGUUUGAAAGUGACACCUGUGUUUUGUGAAUUGUAAAUAAAGAUGCAGAGGCAGCUCCUCGCAGAAGCAGGGUCUUCUCUUGGUGCUCAGAGACUACGAA